GGCAGCUACCCAACAGCUGUUCGCUGUCAUAUGUAAAUUGUUGAAAGCGCAAAUUCUUAUUUGAACGUGAAAGUGUUUGAAUUUUGUUUAGAUUUGCAUAGUUUUUAAUAACAUAAUACAAGUAAAAGUACUUUAAUUACAUGACUGGGGAUAGUGAAAUGCGAAACGACAGCCCCGAUGAUAAUGCUGACGAUGGUGUUAUUGAUGUAGCACAUUAUCGUAAGUUAAUGAAAAUGUUCAUUGAUAUGCGGCGUUACCAAACGGCACUCUUUUGGGCUGAAAAAGUGUGUAUACUCAGUCAAAAUGACCCCAAAGAUAUUUAUUGCCAAGCGCAUUGCAUGUUUCUGCUGAAGGAAUACCAUCGUGCGGCACAUCUUAUACGUCGCUUCGAAUUGGAAAAGUCGCACGUAUCCAGUUAUAAUUUAUUAUUAGAAAGCUUAUAUGAGGCGAAGGAACUCAAUGAAGCAGUUAGUGUUAUAAAUAACAUAGACAUUGAGUUUUUGGCUUCGUCAUUGAUAAGCCAACCACUAGAUAGCGCUGCCGUGGACUGUCAUUCCACAUUAAAUGCUGAGGAGGCGAAUAAGAAUGAAGUAAUGGCUUCGAUUAGCUUUAUGAAAGGAAAAAUCUAUGAAGCUUUAGAUAAUCGCGGUUUGGCCAUGGACUACUAUGUGCAGGCGCUGCAUAAGUCGGUGUAUUGCUUUGAAGCGCUGGAAGCUUUGGUACAGCAUGAAAUGCUUAUGGCUUGGGAAGAAAAGGAAUUAAUGCAACAUUUGCCGCUGGCGCAACACUCAAGUGAGACGGAUGCAAAGUUUAUCAAAAAACUGUACGAGUCAAAGUUAAAGAAAUACUAUGAAACCAUCGAUCCUUCCACAGGUGAUCAAACAAUUAAAGAUUUGAGUGAGAAAAUUAAGAAAACUCUUUCAUCUGAUGCGCAACUACAUAAAAAUAUACUCUCAAAAUAUAUGACGCCGCAAAUUAUGUCGCCAGCAAACAAAGUACUUGCAGAUCUCAAAAACAAUCCGUUCUCCUUGCAAAUCAGUCUGACUCGCGCAUCAUCUCUAAUGAAUGAGUCGAAUAGGUCACACGUAGAAACACCCGGCCGUGAUCACACUAAAGAGGCUGAUAAUAAAAAUAUUCUAUCACUUACUACUUGCUUAAGUCGCAUACAAAGAAGCACUGAUGUGAUGGCUGCUGAAGCUGAGAAACUAUUUUAUGAUUGCGAAUAUAAGAAGAGUUAUAAGAUUCUACAAGAAUUAUUGAAGGCGGAUCCUUAUCACAAUGCUGGUUUAACACUGCAAAUUGGUUGCUUGGUCGAGUUUGGUGAUUAUAACAAACUUUUUUACGUCGCGCACAAACUGGUUGAUCGAUAUCCCGACAAAGCCAUUUCGUGGUACGCAGUUGGUUGUUAUUACGAUUUGAUUGGUAAGAGCGAUCCCGCACGUAGAUAUCUGUCAAAAGCAACCGCACUUGAUCGUCUAUAUGGACCCGCAUGGUUGGCUUAUGGACAUUCCUUUGCCAAAGAGAAUGAACAUGAUCAAGCAAUGGCUGCUUAUUUCAAAGCAACUCAACUCAUGCGUGGUUGCCAUCUUCCACUCCUCUACAUAGGUGUUGAAUGUGGUUUGACGAAAAAUCUUGAGCUGGCUGAGAAAUUUUUCUAUCAAGCCAUGUCAAUUGCUCCACUAGAUGUGUUCGUAUUGCAUGAGUUGGGCGUAAUCAAAUAUGAAUACGAAUACUACAAGAGUGCUGAAGAAGUAUUUCUGCGUACAGCUGAAAUUGUUAGAGCACGCGCUAAGGAAAAUAAGGAGGAACUGUCGGCGCGUUGGGAACCGCUCUUCAAUAAUUUAGGCCACUGCUGUCGCAAGCGUAAGAAGUACAAGGAAGCGCUAACCUAUCAUCAAUAUGCGCUUUUACUCAAACCACAAAGCCCACACACAUACACAGCUAUGGGUUUCGUUUAUGCACUAAUGGGUAAUCUCGAAGAGGCCAUUAUCUACUUUCAUAAAAGUUUGGCAAUCAAUCGUGAUUGUAUUGUGACAACAACUAUUUUGAAGACUUGUAUUGAAGAUGUCAUGAAUGAUGAUGCCAUUAUUGAAGAUAUAUGUGGUCGAGAUUUUAGUGGCACUACCUCAUCGUCAUCAUCUUCAUCAAAGUCUGCAUCAAAACGUUUACCAACAAUUGAAGAGUCGCCAGCGAAAUUUAAUUGCAUGAAAUUGAAAUUUGAUGAGGAGGAUAGCACAACAAAUCCCCCAGACAAGUCUGAUAGUAAUGUUGUAAUGGAUAUAAGUAUGGAUUUGUAAACAAUAAAUGUGUGAAUGCAAAGAUUUAAA